AUGGCCAAACUCUACGGGGUGACCGCGCCCGCUGAGCGGCCGGAGCUGGCGGGGGAGUCGGAGCGCGGGGCCCGCACCAGGACACUGACCGAUGCCCGACCCCAGAAACCUGCCCGCAAGAUGCAGCAGAACAAAGCUGCCCCCGCUGAUUACCCGGUCCCGGAUCAGCCGGACAGCCGGGGGUUCCCCAGCACCAGGACCUCCCUCAAGGAUCGCCCCAAGCAGCGGCCCCCCCCCCCCCCCGCACAGCCCCCCCCAACAUGGGGAGACGACCCUGUGUACAGCCCGACCCCCACGCCCGCGCGCCAUGGGUCCCCCUCGCCCCUGGCGCUGCUCCAGGCGGCUAAAGAGAGGGAACGGAGCCGCUCCCGUCCAGCUCCCGUCCCCGAUACCAACACCCCGGGCCUGUCCAUAGGGGGCACUCGCUACAUCAAGCCCACCCACCCCAACUCCUUCCAGGUGGCCCCUAGAGCCGCCACUGCUGGUAUCGUGCACGGGGCCCCUCCCGGAGCAGGCGGGCCCCCGACUGAUGCUGUCGAUGAGUCAGACAUGUCCUCGCUGCUGCUGCCCCCGCCACCUCUCUUCAGUGACGAAGAUGCAGAGGAACCUCCCCUUCCCUUCCUCCCCCCGCCAGCAGAGUUCUCCAACAGCGAUGACCCCCCCGGGCCAGCGGGUCUGGGACCCCCCCCUGCUGGUGUAGACCACCCAACGUCCAGGGCCCAGAACAACACGCCCACCGCACUCCACAUUCACCGUCCCUCCGCCAAUCCUUUGUACUCCACCAUCUCCACCGGGCUGAAGCCGCUGAUCGCCCCCAAGCCUAACGGGACCCCCGCCAAAACCCGCAGCUCCAGCCAGCCGCUGCCCGAUGCCCCCAGGCCGGCCCACGGACCUGCGGACACUGGACUCUACACAAACAGCCUGCUGGCCAAAGACAACGUCAUGGGUGAAUUACGGACCAAGGUGCAGACAUUGAGCACCCAGUCACAGGUGGCCUCGAAAAGCUCGCAGAACAAAUUGUCUCAGUCCCACGGGAAGACUUUCACGAUCCGACCCGGUGCCAAACAGCCAAUCACCGUGGUGGAACCGUCGAGCAUGAAAUGAGUGGCGAGCGUUUUGCCCGAGCGUUUCACGGGAACAGUCUUCGCGUCGGUUCGUUAACCGAAGGAAUUCUGCAAUGACUAAUAUCUCCCCUCCAGCGGGGACAGAUGGAAAAUCCGGCUGGAUUUAAGUUUCUACGUGGAAUGCAAGCAUGCGUCACGCACUCCCAGCUUUAGCCACUGAUUGUAUUGAACUGAGGAUCAUAUAAGGCCUAUGUACUGUGUAGGAAGCAACUGCAGGUGCUGGUUUAAACUGAAGAUAGACACAAAAAGCUGGAGUAACUCAGCCGGGACAGGCAGCAUCUCUGGAGAGAAGGAAUGGGUGACGUUUCGUGUUGAGACCCUUUUUCAGACUUCUGAAGAAGAAGAAUGGUCUCGACCCACGCAUAGUUCUUGAUGUUUUUUGAAGAAAUGUCUAGAACAUAGAAUAGUGCAGACAGGCACAAAAUGCUGUUCAGUGUGAAGAAGGGCCUCGACCCGAAACGUCACCCAUUCCUUCUCUCCAGAGAUGCUGCCUGUCCCGCUGAGUUACUCCAGCUUUUUGUGUCUAUAUGUUUUGGACAGGUAUGUCCCUCAGCAGUAACUCUCUGUACACACUUUGUAUUGUUGGGUUGUAUAAUACACAUACACUUCAUCUUUGACACAAUUCUCACUCGUAAUCUUUUAUUGUUGAUUUAAUAUUAUUUCCAUGUAAACACAGCAUGUAGGAAAAAUUCCAUUUUCGGCUGGUAAUUGUUUUUUUUUCACCUUUUGAACCACUGUACACACGGUGCAAGCUUGUUCUAAACUCUUGGCAUGUAACCAAUUUAAAAAAAAAAGUCCUGUUAGAUAUAAAUUAUUUAUUUUUAUUAUGAUUUACUUUUUGGUAAGUAAGUGAGAACUACAAGGUGUUUGAAGUCAGUCCAAUUUAAUGAAGUACAGAUUGUUAUAAUUGCUUUUUUUACAAGUCUGGCUUGUUCCAUAAUCCUUGUCUAAUUAAACUUCAAAGAC